GCUCUGAUAGACCAGGAUUUCGAACAUAGACCACUUAAANAACAGAGACUCAAUCCCGAGGCCGACAAAGCAGCCAAUACCGACGAAGCUGCCGCCAUCUGGCGACAUCCUCUUGGAAUUCGUCCUUCUGGGAAUGUAUUUACAGCUACUACCAAUUUGAAAGCAGCCAUUGGAACGUUUGCUUUGCUGCCUGAUGAGCUUCUGACUCAGUUUCUGGAAUACCUCGACGUGCAGGAUUUGCUCCGAUUGGGUGCCACUUGCCGUGCUCUACAUGCCUUUACUAGGUCCGAGGAGCUCUGGAAAGCUCUUUUCAUAGAUAUAUGCCAGUCUAACAUUUCCAAGANNUCGCAACCAGAAAACUUCAACUGGCGCGGCACAUGGAGAUCAACUGUCCUAUCCCAGCCGCGUUCUCAAGAACCUGAGGUGGAUUGCAGCAACCUCUUUUCUGAUGCCCUUCAUCGACCAUAUUUCUGUGCUCACGUGCCCCUGGAGCCUUUUGUAACCAACAUUCCUGCCCGCAAUCAGAUUCACCGCCUCACAUCAUUGACAUUUGACGAGUUUACUGAAUCUUUUACCAAUAAACCUUUCAUCAUCUCUGAGCCUACGCAACGCUGGCCUGUAUUCGGAUCUUGGUCUGCUAAGUCGUUGCUCAAGCAAUAUUCCAAGGUCAAGUUCAGAGCAGAAGCCGUGGAUUGGCCUUUCGAUGUAUAUGUUGACUACAUGAAGGAUAACCAUGACGAGAGUCCUUUAUAUCUCUUCGACCGUUCUUUCGCAGAGAAGAUGAACAUUCAAGUAGCCGACAGCUCUGCUGCUCACUUGUAUGACGGCACUUCCCCAGACACGCUCGGCGUCGAAGACGAGCGUAAAGUCGCAUACUGGGCACCUUCCUUCUUCGGUCCUGAUCUGUUCAGCGUCCUCGGGACUCAACGACCCGAUCACCGCUGGUUGAUCAUCGGCCCAUCUCGCAGUGGCUCGACUUUCCACAAGGACCCAAAUGCGACCUGCGCGUGGAAUGCCGUCUUGACUGGGCGCAAGUACUGGAUCAUGUUUCCUUCCUCAUCAUCCCUUCCACCACCACCUGGUGUCUUCGUAUCAGCUGAUCAAAGCGAGGUGACAUCUCCUCUGAGUAUUGCUGAAUGGUUUCUUGGCUUUCACGCCGAAGCACGCCGCACAGAAGGUUGUGUUGAAGGUAUCUGCGAGGCUGGUGAACUUCUAUAUGUUCCCGCUGGCUGGUAUCACUUGGUCGUCAACCUCGAAGACUCGAUUGCGUUGACACAAAACUUCGUUCCACGCCAAAGACUUGCUUCAGUACUGCACUUCCUCAGAGACAAGUCUGAUCAAGUCAGUGGAUUUGCAAAAGACGUGCAAGAUCCAUACAAACUGUUCGUUGCAAAACUCGAGGAACAGGAACCAGAAGCUCUGCAAGAGGCACUGCCGAGACUAGAAAAGAUGAGCAAGGGUCCCAAAGGCAAGUGGGCAGAGCUAACAAAGACGACCGAAGAUGUCAGUAACGAAGGUGGUUUCUCGUUCGGGUUCGGCGGAGACGACGAUGAAGAGGUGCCG